AUGAUUUCACAUCAUAAGCCAUCACCACCGAAGUUGGAAAUAGCAAAAUGUUGGCAUUAUGAUAUCACCUUUAUACUUUUUGGAUUGGAUGCGUCGGAGGGAGGCCAGUAUUCCGAUUUGGCACAUGCACCCUGCAAACUCGAUGCAACUGUGGUAGCGGCUGUCACAAACUUUCACAAUGAGCUCAGAGCAAGCGUUGCCACACGUGAUCUAGAUGCUUCAAUUUUUGGAAGUAUGCCUGGAUCGCAAACUCUUUUCAAACUGAAGUAUGACUGUGUACACGAAGGACUUGCAAUGGCCACCAUUGGGAACAAAUGCAAGCAUUCCAGCAUUUACAUGGACAAAGUUGGAAAAGGCGAAAACUUUAUUACAUAUGGCGAACAAGAACUGGCUAAAAAACCAAAUGCUAGUAAACAAAAGGAUCUUUUUGAAUUUGCGGUGGAAGACUGGAUGAAAACGGUAGAGAAACCGCUGAGAUCAGACGUGGUGUACACUGACACUUCCAUGGAACCAUUUGCUAAUAUGAUCUACAACAAGACGCUGAAUUUCGGCUGUUGGUUGAUGUUCUGUAAAGAAAAAAGCAAGGUUGCUCUUGCAUGCGUGUAUAGUAACAGGCCAAAAAAAGGUGAAUUUACUGGGCAGAUUCGAAAAAUCAUGCUGGAUGUCAAAAACCAGGACCCUGCAAGAAAGUUAUUAAAGGAACGGAUGUAA